GGAUCCUCCCUCCGGAAGUGGCUUGGAGGCCGUUGUGCCGGCGUCGUCUCCCUGGCUCGGCUGGGCGGCUGGGGGUUUCGCGCGGCCAUGGCAGACCCUGACCCCCGUUACCCCUGCUCCUCGAUCGAGGAUGACUUCAACUAUGGCAGCUGCGUGGCCUCCGCCAGCGUGCACAUCCGAAUGGCCUUUCUAAGAAAAGUCUACAGCAUCCUUUCUCUGCAAGUUCUCUUAACUACAAUGACAUCUACAUUUUUUUUAUACUUUGAUUCUGUACGAGCAUUUGUACAUGAAAGUCCUGCCUUAAUUUUGGUGUUUGCCCUUGGAUCUUUGGGAUUGAUUUUAGCCUUGACUUUAAACAGACAUAAGCAUCCCCUUAACCUCUAUCUGCUUUUUGGAUUUACACUGUUAGAAGCUCUGACUGUGGCCUUUGUUGUUACUUUCUAUGAUGUAUAUAUUGUUCUGCAAGCUUUUAUACUGACUACUGCAGUAUUUCUUGGUUUGACUGUAUAUACUCUACAAUCUAAGAGAGAUUUCAGCAAAUUUGGAGCUGGACUAUUUGCUGUUUUGUGGAUUUUGUGCUUAUCAGGGAUCUUAAAGGUAUUUUUUUACAGUGAGACAAUGGAGUUGGUCUUGGCUGCUGUAGGAGCUCUUCUUUUCUGCGGAUUCAUCAUCUAUGACACACACUCCCUGAUGCAUAGGCUGUCACCUGAAGAGUAUGUAUUAGCUGCCAUCAGCCUCUACUUAGAUAUCAUCAACCUAUUCCUGCACCUGUUGCGGGUUUUGGAAGCAGUUAAUAAAAAGUGAUUGAAAGCAGUAUAUAGAAAUGGAUUCAUUAAGUAAUAAAGUUCGAAAUGUAAUCAACUAUGCUAUGUACUUCUGAGCUAUUACUGUAAUAUAGUAAGAUAGUGACAUUGUAUUAGUAUUACAUAAUGGAAAUUGUAAUUAUAUGUAAUAUAUAUUAAAUAUAUAAUUACUAGAUUAUAUAACAGUAAUAUAAAUCUUGCUAUUUAUGUUGUCUCAUUUCUAAAUCCUUGAUUUGGAAUCUGAGAUAAGAGAUAACAAAAUUCUGUUUUUGAAUUUUUUUCAAUCUUAAAUUUGCCAUAUAUAGAUGAUUCAUUUGCAAUUCAAAAAUAAUUUCAUGGGACUUCUCUUGUAGUGCUGUGGUUUGUGGAUCCAGUGUUGUCACUGCAGCGGCUCAGGUUCCUGCUGUGAUGUAGGUUUAGUCCCUGACCCAGGAACUUCCAUAUGCUGUAGGUGUGGCCGUAAAUAAAUAGUAGACUUUCUACUACUAAAUAAAUAAAACUUCUUGAGUAGAUAAAUGCUAUCAAUUUACCUUUGUCUAGUGAUUUUAUCUAAAUUUCCCUUAAGUAGAUAAUAUUAGAUAUGAUUUUGAUUUUAAAGUACUUGUGUCUUUACCAUUAUUUAUACUUUAGUAUAAACCUCCUUUUACCAUAUUUUAAUCUUAUUUAGAAAGGAAAAAAGUAUAAAAGAUUAAUUCCACAAAGUUAUUCAGUAUUAUAAUAAAAUUAUUUUAAAAUGUUAAUGACAUUUAGUUAUAAAAUGAUGUAUUAAAAAUUAAAAGUCUGCUUCACAGAUAUUUUGACAUCAAAUUUAACAUUUGGUACAAGUUUCAUUUAAAAAUUACAGCAGUUCCCUGGCCCAGGAACUUCCACAUGGCACAAGUACAGCCAAAAAGGAAAAAAAAAAAAAAAUUAUAGCAGGAUAUCAGUGGCUAGUGAAACUUUG